CACCAUGUCCAUCCAGAGCGCAGUGCUCGGUUUCCCGCGUAUCGGCGCCAAGCGCGAGGUCAAGAAGGCGACCGAGGCGUACUGGGCCGGCAAGAUCCAGGCCGCCGAGCUGCAGAAGGUGGCCAAGGAGCAGCGCCUCGCUCGCUGGCAGACGCUCAAGGACCAGGGCGUCGACGUGAUCCCCUCGGGCGACUUCACGCUCUACGACCACGUUCUCGACUUUAACGCGACCUUCAACAUCAUCCCGUCGCGCUUCGCCCAGGCCAACCUCUCGGACCUCGACCGCUACUUCGCCAUGGGCCGCGGCCACCAGAAGGACGGCGUCGACCUCGAGGCGCAGGAGAUGCAGAAGUGGUUCGACUCGAACUACCACUACAUCAAGUCCGAGGUGUCGAGCAAGACCGAGUUCAAGCUCAACAACCUCAAGCCUGUCGACGAGUUCAACGAGGCCAAGGAGGCCGGCAUCACGACCCGCCCGGUCCUCGUCGGCCCCAUCACGGCCCUCCUCCUCGGCAAGGCCGGCCGUGACGAGGGUGCCGGCGCCGCGUCGUUCGAGCCCCUGUCGCUCCUCGACAAGCUCGUCCCCGUCUACGGCGAGCUCCUUAAGAAGCUCGAGGAGGCCGGCGCGACCGAGGUCCAGAUUGACGAGCCGUCGCUCGUCAUGGACUCGACCGCCGACCUCGGCGCCAAGUACCAGUCGACGUUCGAGGCGUUCGCCAAGGCCGCCCCGGGCCUCAAGAUCACGCUCGCCACCUACUUUGGCCGCCUCGACAAGAACGUCGAGUUUGUCGCCAAGCUCCCGGUCGCCGCCCUCCACAUCGACCUCGACCGCGCGUCCGAGCAGCUCGACCAGGUCAUCGCCGCCGUCAAGCCGACGUCGCUCAAGCUCUCGCUCGGCCUCGUCUCGGGCCGCAACAUCUGGAAGAACGACUUCGAGGCGUCGCUCGCCACGGCCAAGAAGGCCGUCGACGCCCUCGGCGCCGACCGCGUCGUCGUCGCCACCUCGUCGUCGCUCCUCCACACGCCCGUCACGCUCGCCAACGAGUCGCGUCUCAAGCCCGAGCAGAAGGACUGGUUCUCGUUCGCGACCGAGAAGGCCGCCGAGGUCGCCACCCUCGCCAAGGCGCUCUCGGGCGCCGACGUCCAGGCCGCGCUCGACGCCAACAAGCAGUCGAUCAAGGCCCGUCGCGACUUUGAGAAGAACUCGGACGCCGCCGUCCGCGAGCGCCUCGCCGCCGUCACCCCGGAGCAGUACAACCGCAAGUCGCCGUUCCCGGAGCGCCUCGCCGCCCAGUCCAAGGUCUACAAGCUCCCCCAGUUCCCGACCACCACCAUCGGCUCGUUCCCGCAGACCAAGGAGAUCCGCCUCGCCCGCUCCAAGCACACCAAGGGCGAGCUCUCGACCGAGGAGUACGAGAAGUUCCUCGAGAACGAGAUCAAGCACGCCGUCGACUUCCAGGAGGCGAUCGACAUCGACGUCCUCGUCCACGGCGAGCCCGAGCGCAACGACAUGUCGCAGUACUUUGGCGAGCAGCUCACGGGCUUUGUCUUUACCGAGAACGCCUGGGUCCAGUCGUACGGCUCGCGCUACGUCCGCCCGCCCAUCGUUGUCUCGGACGUCUCGCGCCCGCACCCGAUGACGGUCCGCUGGUCGUCGUACGCCCAGUCGCUCACCAAGCGCCCGAUGAAGGGCAUGCUCACCGGCCCGGUCACCAUCCUCAACUGGUCGUUCCCGCGCGCCGACGUCUCGAAGGAGGUCCAGUGCAAGCAGCUCGCGCUCGCGCUCCGCGACGAGGUCAUCGACCUCGCCAACGCCGGCAUCUUUGCGAUCCAGGUCGACGAGCCGGCCAUCCGCGAGGGCCUCCCGCUCCGCCAGGUCGACUGGGACGGCUACCUCACGUGGGCCGUCGACUCGUUCAAGCUCGCCACCGCCGGCGUCGAGGACAAGACGAGCGUCCACUCGCACUUCUGCUACUCGGACUUCUCGCUCAUCUUCGAGCACAUCAAGCGCUUGGACUGUGAUGUGAUUUCCGUGGAACAGAGCAAGGCGGGCGGCCGCGACCUCGUCGCCUUCCACGAGAAGGGCUACGAGAACGAGAUCGGCCCGGGCCUGUACGACAUCCACUCGCCCCGCGUCCCGUCGGUCGAGGAGAUGAAGGGGCGUCUCGACGCCUACCUCAAGGCUCUCCCGGCCCAGAAGCACAUCUGGGUCAACCCCGACUGCGGCCUCAAGACCCGCGCCUGGCCCGAGACCGAGCAGAGCCUCAAGAACAUGGUCGAGGUCGCCAAGCUCGCGCGCGCCGAGCGCCCCGAGUAAACCUCGUGCCGGUCCUCGUCGAACCCUGUCCUCGCUUCCCUCGUUCCCCCUCGCAUACCUUUCCCCGCCGAUCAACUCGGCACCUCUCUGCCCUGCACACAGCACUUGAUUACCCCCCGAACCCGCAUCAGUUUCAACAGCUUCCCCCCCUCGUCGUCGUCUCUCCCUCUGUGCCUUGUCGUUGCGAUUCCCCUCGCGUUGCGGACCAUACCGUACCCCCUCAUGUAGGUUUACCCCCAAGUGCUUUCGUGCAAUUGAGCUCAACGCUCUCAGCAAA